ACUCCUGAUCAGGUGCCCUCUCUUGUCAACCUGCUUUCUGAAUCUUAUCAUCCUCAUCUACGGUAUGGAGCAGCAAUGGCAACAGGCAUUGCUUGUGCAGGUACCGCCAUGAAGGAGGCAAUUUCUUUGCUCGAGUCUCUGUUAGAUGGUACAGUUCACUUUGUACGUCAGGGCGCUCUCAUAUCAAUGGCCAUGCUGUUGAUGCAACAAAACGCUAUCACUUGCCCGAAGGCACGUUGGUUUACGUUAACAUAG